AUGGAUCCCAGCAAGUAUGGCGUCUCGUCCAUCCCCUUGAACCAUGCCCCUUACGGGCCCAUCACAGACGACAAGCUCAAAGGCCUGAACCAGGGCAAAGUGGCCCUCGUCACAGGCGGUGCCAGAGGCAUCGGACGGGCGAUAUCGCAAAAACUGGCCCUCUCGGGGGCCAACGUCGCGAUCAUAGACCGUCUCCAGGACGAACUGACAGAGACCAAGGCCCUCUGUGAAAAGUACGGCGUCACGGCCAAGACGUAUGUGGUCGAUGUGACGGACGUGGAGGCGUUGAGGACCGCGUUGAAGCGAGUAGAGGAGGACUUGGGCCCGAUUGACAUCCUAGUCAACAACGCGGGAGUGUCGCCCGGAAAACCGCAGUGGAUGGAGAGCUUUGAGGAGUUCUGGCGGACCAUUGAGAUAAAUUUCAAGAGUGCCAUGGUCACCACGUGGGCUCUCCUCGCGCAAUUCCGCGAGCGCCGUUCCGGGGUCAUUAUCAACAUCUCGUCGCGCGCCGCGACGGUCGACAUGCCCUUUUCCACGGGCUACACAUCGUCCAAGGCGGCCGUCGCCCGCGCGACGUCGACGCUGCAGGAAGAGAUCGAGCUGGACGGCCUCGGCGACGCGAUCCAGAUGUACGCGCUGCAUCCGGGUGGCGUGCUCACGGCCAUGGCGAAGACCGAACUCCGCACCGAGAUCCUCGAGAAAUACCCGUCGCUCGAGCAGCAGCGCACAAAGUUCCACGCCCUCUUCAAAGAUCCCCCGGAACUGUGCGGCGCCACAUGCGCGUACCUGGCGUCGGGCCGGGCAAAGGAACUCAGAGGCAUGUACUGGGACUGCAGGCAGGAUAUCGAGCGCGUGGUCGGCUACGGGAGGGAGGAGCUGGUGAAGGAGGGCAAGAACGUGCUCACGAUUGGGUUUGUCGAUGGGUACGAGAAUGAGCCGUAG